CAGAGAUGCUCGAGCGCGACGUGGUUCUAGGGCGAGGAGUGGGGGGUGGCUCAUGGACCCCCGAGCAUUCAGUACUCGACAUGCUCGCGAUCAAGACGGAGCAUUUGAGCUCAGCAGCUCCGGAGGCCGCACGCGACUCCAGCGUACUGUUCAGGUCCGGCUGCAUGUUCCUGGAGGCCGUCGCUGGAACCAUCGCUUCCAGGUGUCCUCCGCUGUGCUGUGUCGUCUGUCAGUGGAUCCCGCGCAGUCCUGUCACCCUCUCCUGCGGCUACACCGGCUGCAAGAGGUGUCUGGGCCAGAGCUGUCCUCACUGUGGUGCCGUCGUACCCCCGGGGGUAGAGCAGAACGUCUUGGUCAAAGCGGCCACCGAGAAGUGGUGGCCGAAGGAGUUGGAGGCCGAACGACUCAGAGAGCAGGGGGUUGCUCUGGCUCAGGAUGACCUCUUGGAAGAGGCCAUUGCGGUCUUCGAUGCAGCUGUCAACUUAUGUGGUGAGGAUCAUCUGUUGCUUGAGGCCAGGUCUGAAGUCCUCCACAAGCUCAACAGGUUAGAACUUUCUUUAGAAGAUGCUACAAAAGCAACAAGGAUGAGGCCAUUUUGGUCUAAGGGUUACUAUAGGAAAGGAGUUGUUUUAACUAGUCUUGGGCAAUACGAAGAUGCCUUUGUUUCUUUUGCCUUGUGUGCAGCUUUAGAAAAGAACUGUGAUAGAGUUAAACAUGAAUUUAUAAAGAUUCUUCAAAAACUUGUUUCCCCAACAUCAAAAAGAGUUCCUGUUUCACCAUGGUGGUCUUCUAACUAUAUUACACCUUUAGAACCCAAUGCCAAAACUGGAGAGGAUGAUAUUAUUGAAAGCUUUAAUAGAACAGUGAUUUCAAAUUUUCCAUUGUUCGAAAGCAGAAAACUCAAUCUACUUCUUGAUAGAAUUUUACAAGAAAUCGAAAAUACAAAAAAAAUUGAAUUUUUCGGAAGAGAAAUGCUUCAAAACAGAGACGAUGUAAUAGACCCAGAAGAUUUCGAAUGCGUCCUCUGCUGUAGAACUCUGUGGAGACCGGUGACAACACCUUGCGGUCACACAUAUUGUGCUGUAUGUUUAGAUAGAUCUCUGGACUACAGCCCAAAUUGUCCACUGUGUAUGACUUCGUUAUCGCAGUAUGUUGGGAGCAGUGAAAGGCAAGUAACAGUUUUCCUUGAAGUGGCUCUGUCUAUCGGACUUCCAGCGGAAUAUCAUUGCAGGCUGUCGAGUCACAGAGCUGAAUUAGCUGCUCUUUCAAGUGUUCCAGAAAUUCCAGUUUUUGUUUGCACAACAGCUUAUCCAACCGUAUCUUGCCCUCUGUAUGUGUUCGAGCCACGGUAUCGAUUGAUGAUCCGUAGGUGUGUCGAAAGUGGAUCGAGACAGUUUGGAAUGGCUGCAUACACCCAUCAACCUAGUGGUGCAAAAAGAUAUGCAGAAUAUGGGACGAUUCUUGAAAUCAAGGACUGGGUAUUGCUCAAUGAUGGUUGUUCCAUUCUCAGUUGUGUCGGCGUGAGAAGAUUCCGUGUGAUAUCGCGGAGUGAACGAGAUGGCUACGACACUGCUCAAGUUCAAUUCAUCCAAGAUGAUCCAAUUUCGUGUCACUCUCUUCAAGAAGUAAAAGAACUCCAUGAUCGCGUACGGAAAAGAGGCUUCAGAUGGUUCCAGAGAAUGUCUCAAGAUAUGCAAAGGAAAAUCGUUGGAACAUUUGGUGAAAUGCCGGAAGUUGAAGAUAACUGGCACAGUUUAGAAAAUGGCCCAGCAUGGGCUUGGUGGUUGGUAGCGAUACUCCCUCUUGGACAUCAUCUACAGGUCGGUAUUCUCAAGACUACGUGCUUUUCGAAAAGGUUAAGAGCUAUUGAGAAGACGUUAAAACAUUUCGAAGAAGGUCCCGAGAGUAGAGACAGACUGCGAAAUGCCAACAUGGAAUCUUUAAAAAACACUGCAAACAACUACCAGGUGCGGCGUACGUGACGUUGCCAGAAAGAAUUGAAAAGUCGUAUGUGAAUCCUGUUACAAUAUCAACGGGAACACAUCCAUUUCAUUUCUCGUGAAAUGUAGUUGCAAUUAUAAUCCAACAAGUAGCAGAAGAAGCUCUGCUCAUUUUCUACGAUCUCCUAAAGAUGAAAAUAAGAAAACUCGAGUCAGAGGAAAUGUGGCAAAAUAUUUCCAAUGUUGGCGAAGGCUAUAAUAAUAAUUGAUUUGAGGUAGUGUUCAAUUAGCAAUAAGUACAUGGUAAUUAAUGUACACAGAAUUUCAGAAGAUAUUAAAGCUACAAAAAGUACAUAUCUUUUCAUUCUCAUAUUCUUUAUAUUAUUUUUUAUAAAAAAAUAUAUAAAACACUAAUUGAAAAUUAAACAAUUGAGGAAAUAAUGCUUGUAAUAUAUUUGCGUGUUUGUUUGUGUGUUGUUCGCGUGGUAGGUUACUACCAUAUUUAUUUUUUAUUUAUUAUUGUAACUAUUUAUUUCUAGAGUAGUCAGAAACUUAGAAUGAUUUUUUUUUUUUGUGUUAAACAACUAUUUAUAUAUUUUUACUUCUAUUAUCCUAUUGUUUUUUGGAUCCUAGACAGAUGCACAAUCAUUAGACAUGGUGCUAUGCCGUAUUGGAACUAGGAAAUGUAGAUCAUAGAUGUAGACAGUGUAUACUACUCUUGAUUGUAUAUAGAAUAUUUAUAACUCAUUGAGACAAAUUGAAUCAAAUUGCAAAUCAUAUCUGGUGUUUACUAUUCGAUUACUAUUACAUUUUUCAUUUGUAAAUGAUACAGAAGACUUUCUGACAUCACCUGAGUAAUCACUUUUGUUAUGAGUUUUCAUACGAUAUGAAAAUGAUUGGCUGUGACUAAAUUUAUAUUAAUAUUCUAACUUUAGGUUUAAAAAAUGGAUUAGUUUUAAUGUAGCAUUCAAACUCUAGGUUAAUCUACCAAAUAUUUAUAUUUUAUAUAUAAAAAGAACAAAAAAAAUGAGAAAAAAAUUAUAGUUACUUGGCCAUAAAUUAAUUUUGCAUAAACACUCCUUGUCAAAUGUACAAAAAUAUUGCCAUAAAAUGACAACCUGUACAUUUUUGUGUGUUAUAUGACCAAUAAUAAACCAUUUUUCCCUUUUCAUGUUUGUGUAUUUUUUUAUAUACUAACCUGCAUUUUUAUGUAACAUGUGUAAGUUUUUAAUGCUUAAUUUUGUCUUGGCAAUGCUGCCACAACAUCUCUCACUGACCAUGGCGACUACUCGAUACUUAUUGCUUUUGUUUGUGAUUAUUUUCUUGUGAUUUGUCUGUCGGCUGGAUAUAACUAUUAAUAUUCUUGUAUUUUGUCUUAAUUGUAAUUCCUUGUGAUAUAUUUAGAGUUUAAAAAAAAACAAAAGUAAAUAAAAUGGCAUGGCCGGAUUAAUGACUUGAAGUGAUACUAAAACAUCAUUAGAACAGCCAGUAAAAUAACAUUAUAUUUUAUAUUUUUAUAAUGAAUCAAACCAAAUACUCCAUUGUUUAUAUAUCUAUUACUUAUAGAAUAUAUGUAAUUAUAUAUUAUAUUAAAGCAAUAGAGGGUUUUAUGAAGUUUAUUUUAUUUUUUUCUUCA